AUAACGUUAUGACGGACGGAUUCACAACGUUGUGUGAGGACUGUCUGCCGACGCAAUCACAACGUUGGGGUUAGGUUAUUAUAGUACCUCGUCAAAUGUAACGUUUUUAGAACGUAAUUGUAACCACAACGUUGUUUUGUGACGUCGAGGGGGGGCUGGUCUUACGUUUUUUACGUAAAUACUGCGUAAUUUGAUACGUAAAGCAGACGUUAUACCAGUAGACGUUAAUAGUACGCUGCCCCAACUACAUUUUGUUUGUAGGGAUAUGUCUUCCUCAGUCUCGUGAGAUUAUCGUGCUAUUUCAACGUGACUCAAAAUCAGACCGACCGUUCAUAUCUGCGAAGGCCUCUUACACGUAGCAGAGACGUCGUCAGCGAUGGAGAGCAAGAAGCGAAGGGGUAUCUUGGAGCGCCUGAAUGCCGGGGAGGUGGUUGUAGGUGAUGGAGGUUAUGUGAUGCAGCUAGAGCGACGUGGCUAUGUGAAGGCGGGACACUGGACACCUGAAGCUGCUGUUGAACAUCCUGAAGCCGUGCGGCAGCUGCACAGGGAGUUCCUGAGAGCAGGAGCCACUGUGCUUCAGACAUUCACCUUCUACUGCAGUGAGGAUAAGCUGGAGAUCAGUGGCAAUGUCACCAACAUCACUGGGGCCCAGAUCAAUGAAGCAGCCUGUGACCUGGCCAGGGAGGUAGCCAAUGAGGGGGAUGCAUUGGUCGCUGGGUGCGUGUCUAAGACUCCAUGUUAUGUGAAGAGUCACAGUGAGACUGAGGUCAAGGCCAUCUUUAAGAAACAGAUGGAUGACUUCCUCAAGAAGGACAUUGAUUUCUUUAUAGUGGAGUUUGUUGAUCAUGUGGAAGAGGCAGUGUGGGCAGUGGAGGUGCUGAAGACCAGCGGUAAACCAGUGGCUGCAACGCUGUGCAUCUCCCCUCACGGAGACAUGCACAGAGUCCCACCUGGAGAGUGUGCUGUCAGGCUGGUCAAAGCUGGAGCUGACAUUGUUGGAGUAAAUUGCCACUUGGACCCUCUGACGUGUGUUCGUACAGUAAAGUUGAUGAAAGAGGGAUUAGAGAAAGCUGGUCUCAAAGCCCAUCUCAUGAUCCAGCCACUGGGCUUUCACACACCUGAGUGCAACUUCAGUGGAUACACCAGCCUACCUGAAUACCCCUUUGCACUGGAGACCAGAGCAAUUACUCGCUGGGACAUCCAUAAAUACGCCAGAGAGGCUUACAAUGCUGGAAUUCGCUACAUUGGUGGCUGCUGUGGAUUUGAGCCUUACCAUAUCAGAGCUAUAGCAGAAGAGGUGGCUGCAGAGAGAGGAUUCCUCCCACCAGCUUCAGAGAAGCACGGACUCUGGGGAGCUGCUCUGGAGAUGCACACUAAACCCUGGGUCAGAGCCAGGGCUCAUCGAGAGUACUGGGAAAACCUUUUGCCUGCUUCUGGACGUCCCAAAUGUCCUUCCAUGGCCACACCAGCUAUUGAAUAAGAGGGAGAAUCAUUAAUAGCUGGAAUGGAACAUACCAACACCAUCACCUGUCUCUACUGAACAAUAUUCUGUUUAGUAGAAUACCACUAUGCUGUAUUCCUUAUAUGUCUGAUCAGAUUAUAUAUUUUUGUCUCUAAACUGUGUACUAUCACUGAAAUUAAUAACAAAUUUGAGAUAAAAACAAAGCCAUAUUCUUACCCAUCACUACAUUUAUUAGUUGUUAAACAUCCUCACAAGCUUAUCAUAUUUUUUCAAAUUGUUAAUGAAAAAACUCAAAUAAAAUUGAAUAAAAAAACA